UCUAUAAAAAUAAAUAUGAUAUUAUUGAAUAAGACAGCAGGAGUGUUUCCUAAAUCAUCAAAAAGGAAAAUUUAUGAAUUUUUAAGGAGUUUUACUUUUCAUCCCAGAAAACUGUUUCUUCAUAAAGUAGUAUUGGGAAUUGAAACCAGUUGUGAUGAUACAGCAGCUGCUGUGGUGGAUGACAAUGGACAUGUGUUAGGAGAAGCAAUACAUUCCCAAACUGAAGUUCAUUUAAAAACAGGUGGGAUUAUUCCUCCAGUAGCCCAACAGCUUCACAGAGAAAAUAUUCAACGAAUAGUGCAAGAAGCUCUUUGUGCCAGUCAGGUCCCUCCAAGUGAACUCUCGGCAAUUGCAACCACCAUAAAACCAGGGCUUGCUUUAAGCUUGGGAGUAGGCUUAUCAUUUAGCUUACAGUUGGCAGACCAGUUAAAAAAGCCCUUCAUUCCAAUCCAUCAUAUGGAGGCUCAUGCCCUUACCAUUCGGUUAACCAAUAAUGUAGAAUUUCCUUUUUUAGUUCUUUUGAUCUCUGGAGGUCACUGUCUUUUGGCAUUAGUUCAAGGAGUUUCAGAUUUUUUGCUACUUGGAAAGUCUUUGGAUAUUGCACCAGGUGACAUGCUUGACAAGGUAGCAAGAAGACUUUCUUUAAUAAAACAUCCAGAGUGCUCCACAAUGAGUGGUGGGAAGGCUAUAGAACAUUUGGCUAAACAAGGAAAUAAAUUGUGUUUUGAUCUCAAACCCCCCAUGGAUCGUGCUAAAAAUUGUGAUUUUUCUUUUACUGGACUUCAAAACAUUGUUGACAAAAUAAUAAUGCAAAAGGAAAAAGAGGAAGGCAUUGAGAUGGGACAAAUCCUGUCUUCAGCUGCAGACAUUGCUGCUGCGGUACAGCACACAACAGCAUGCCACAUUGCGAAAAGAACACAUCGUGCUAUCCUGUUUUGCCAGCGGAAAGGCUUGUUAUCUCAGACUAAUGCAGUACUGGUUGCAUCUGGAGGUGUUGCAAGUAACCUGUAUAUCCGAAAAGCUCUGGAAAUGGUAACAAAUGUAACUCAGUGCACUUUGUUGUGCCCUCCUCCCAGACUGUGCACUGACAAUGGCAUUAUGAUUGCAUGGAAUGGCAUUGAAAGAUUACGUGCUGGCUUGGGCAUUUUACACAACACGGAAGGCGUCCGCUAUGAACCAAAAUGUCCUCUUGGAGUCGAUAUAUCAAAAGAAGUUGGAAAAGCCGCCAUAAAAGUGCCACAAUUAAAAAUGCAGAUUUAACAUUCACUUUACCAAAAAAUCUCAAAAG